GAGAGUCUCUGUGAGCCCGGGAGCGGCGGCAGCGGCCGGAGCCCAGUGAGGCGGAGGCGUAAUCGCAGGCCCCCCUGGCGCAGCGUCUCGGAAACGUGGCAGCCACGUCUGUGCUACCCACAGGAACCGAGACGAGCCAGCCUUGCUCCGGCAGCGUGGCCGGUCUUUUGACGGUAUUGCCCAAUCAGCGCGCGAGGACGAGGAGUGACGGCAGAAUCAGCCAAUCGCAGUGAGGGGCGGGUUCUGCACGCAGCCUGGCUCCCCUCCCUUUCCCCGAGUUCCACCAUUUCUUAGAAACCUCGCCUGAGGAGCGGCUCCUUGGCCCGGGCAUCGGGCCAAGGAGCCGCUGCUGCCCUGACCCGGCGGGAGCUCGAGACGGAAGAUGCCCAAUGUCUUCCUGAGUUUCACUUGGACAAGGAGGAACCCCCAGCCCAAGGCCCUCUCCUCUUGGUUUUUCCCCAAACCAGGAUUUUUCAUUCCCAAGGCCUGGGCAGAUGGAGGAGAUGGAAAAAUCCUGGAGAUCCCUCAGGAAGAGGGGCUGCAAACCCAGCCCAGGAAGCUGUGAGGAGGAAAGACCCUCCCUGAGCGAGGAAGGUGGCCAGAGAUCCAGGCAGAGCUCAGAGAUGGUGGAAAAGCCUCAUGGAGGGGAGAAGCCCCACAAGUGCUUGGAAUGUGGGAAGGGUUUCAGCUACAUCUCCAGCCUGAUCCAACACCGGAGAAUCCACACUGGGGAGAAGCCCUACGAGUGUCCUGAGUGUGGGAAGGGAUUCAUACACAGCUUCAGCCUGGCCCGGCACCAGAUGGUCCACAGUGGGGAAAAGCCCUAUGAGUGUGGGAAAUGUGGGAAGAGCUUCAGCUGCAGCUCCAAUCUGAGAAAGCACCAGAUGAUCCACACUGGGGAGCGGCCCUACACCUGCUUGGAAUGUGGGAAGAGCUUCAGGCUGAGGUCGGACCUGAGAAAACACCAGCACAGCCACACUGGGGAGAGGCCCUACGACUGUCCUGUGUGUGGGAAGAAGUUUCAGAGAAGCUCCACUCUCAUCAGACAUGAGAGGAUUCACACAGAUGAGAGGCCCUUCCGCUGCCACCACUGUGGAAAGGACUUCAACCGCAACUCUGCCCUCACUGUCCACUGUCGCAUUCACACUGGAGAGAGGCCCUACAAGUGUCCUGAGUGUGGGAAGAGCUUCUCACAGAGCUUUCACUUGACUCAACACCAGCAGAGGCUCCACUAAGGGAAGCCCUGUGAGUGUCCUGAGUGUGGGAAGAGCUUUGUGCUCUGCUCCAGCUCCAUCCCCCACGGGAGGAUCGGUGUUGGAUGAUCCCCAGUGACCCCGUUAGGGAGAGCCCUGGUGAUCUGUGUUGGGAAGGCACCUGGCUGGGGGGGCUCUGCAUCAUCCUGUUUCCCUGUGGGCACCAGGAUGAACUCAGGGGCAUGAACGUCCAUUGGGAUGCAAACCGACAUUGGGUAUUCCUUGGGGAGAGGAGAUUUGUUGACUUUCAACCCCAGAAAAUCUUCUGUGUUCAGUCCUCUCUUUUGGUGGCAUCCAGGAAUACUGAAUGGUCUUGGAGGUCUUUUCCCAUGUGGUGGUUUGUAAAGAUUUUCUGAAAUUUUUUACCUGCCGAGACCUGGGCAGUCUCCUUUGUAUCUGACAAGAACCAAUCAGUGUUGGAUUUUUAAUAUUUACAUAUUGACACGUUGUUACAGCUAUAAGCAAGUCUAUGCCUCUUUGUGAAACACACGUGUAAAGACAAAAAGCCCCGGGAGAGUUCUCUUUCCCUUCCAGCCUCUCACCAGCUCAGGCCCCCUCCACGCGGCCCGGGCCGGGCAGGGGCAGGCGGGCUCUGACUCAGAGCUCAGGAAGCUGCCGGGCCUCGUUUUCAAGCAGGGACCCCGAUAUCCAGGGAAAGGAAAGGAAAGCCCCGUUGCUGACAUCCCUGUCCCCCGGCAUGGCCGCGGCUCGGCAGAACCCUGCCCUGCUCCGGCCCGGAGCGGCUCCGAACGGCCAGGCCUGCCCCGCUGCCCCCGCGGCCUGGGGGAAAAACAACUGAGCCCCGUUCUGGCAAGGCCCCCACACCCUUGUCUGCUGGGCAGGGUGGAGGAAGAACCCCCGGCCCGCGGCUGGAAUUGAGUGCAGCGGGUGCUGGAGAAGAGCCAUGAAACCAGAAACUCAUCACCGCUUCUCUGACUAAACCCUCUAGUCCUCACCCAGCCCCCAGCGUGGCCUUGAAAGACUCUUUAUUGUAAAUAACUCUGAUCACCCCACCUGGAAAAAAUCACAAACCCUCUGCUGCCCGGGCAAGGUAUUAACUCUUUCAAUGCCCAGAAUAAAACUUUACAGGUACUUUAUUCUCUCUCCUAAAUGAAUUUAAAAAAAAAAAAAAAAUACACACAGAAACAAUAUAAAAACACUGAAAUGAAACUAAAGAAAAUUCAAUUUUUAAAUAAAGGAGAAAAGUCAUGAAAUAAAAUUUCUGUUUUUUUAAAUUAUGGAGAAAAAACUCUUGUUUCCCUGUAACACAUAAAAAUAUUAUGAAGUAAAUAUGAUUGUUCUAACUGUAAUUAUAAUCAAAAGCAUUAAAAUUAAAAUAAAUAAAUGUAUAAAAUUGCUGUAAUCCCCUAAGUUUAAAUAAUAAAAAAGCCACAGUUGUUUCUCCCCCAAAAAGAAAGGAAAAAACCCUCUGUUCUCAAAAAUAAAAUAAGUCUUUGUUUAAACUGAUAUAAUUCUUAAAGUGUACUCAUAAGUUAAUAUAGUCCUCAGUAAAAGUUAUGAGGAAAACUGUUACUUUGAAAAAAGGGUUUUUAGAUUGUAAUCACAUUUCCAUUUUCCCGGACGACUAAUCACUCUAAUAUAAAAACCAAAAGAAAACUUUAUUAUGAAGAAUUUUCCAUAAUGGAAAAAAGUCUACUGUUUCAAGUAAAUUACUAAAGAACUAUUUUAAAGAUGCUAAACUAGCUGAGUUGUUUUUGUACGUUUUCAGUAUUUUGUAAAAAGUGUGUGGAAGGAAAAAAAUGUAGUCUAAAGUUUUAAGGUUUUUUUUUUUCCUUAUAGCUUUUAGGAAUAAAGUUUCUCUUUAGAGCAUUUAAAGUUAAACCUGUUUUUUGUCUUUUUCCUAAUGCUGUCUCACAACAAUAAAAAUUUCAAAUUAAUAAACCAAAACCACUACAUCCA